AUGGCUCUAUUCACCCGUUUUGUUAUCCUCGCUGUCCUCCUCCAAAGCUUCACCGCCAUCUUCGCCGCCCCGCAAGAUGGUGAUGUUGAGGUACAAGGACGACCUGGCGGCGGAGGACCAGGCGGACCCAAGCCACCCAAGUGCCGCAAGAUCGAGGUUCGGAAAGAAUGGCGUGAUUUGACCAAGAAGCAACGUCGCGACUACAUCCGCGCCGUCAAGUGCCUCCAAGCAAAGCCUUCUACUGCCUUCAACCCUCCCCGUCCUGGUGUAGUAAGCCGCUACGAUGAAUUCCAAGCGAGCCAUUACGACCUCGCUCAUCAUAUUCACCCUGUGGGCCAAUUUUUGCAUUGGCAUCGUCACUUUGUGACCUUGUACAACAAGGCUUUGAAGGAAGAAUGUGGCUACAAGGGACCGGCAACGUACUGGGACUGGACUCGUGACGCCGAUGGACCUUUGCCAAUGGCCUCUUCUCCUGUCUUCGACAACGUAGAGGGUUUCGGCGGCAACGGUGUCCCAGGCACAUACACUCCUCCACCUAAUAUCCCUGAGUUCCCUGGGCCUGACUGGCCCGAAGACUUCCCCUUCCCGGUCCCUCCACCUUUCCCGGGAACACUCAAUGGACCUCAAGGUGAAGUGGGAUGUGUCCAAACCGGCCCCUUCGCAGACCAAGUCGUCCGUCUCGGUCCCGCGACUUUGGUUAUGGACCGUUGCCUCGUCCGUGGCAUUUUUGAGGAUGUCAAGGACAACCUCAACAGCACCGUCAUUGCUGCGACACUGGCCCAGCCCACCUUUGACGACUUCAGGCUCUUCCUCGAUGUUGUCGGUCCUCCCCUCGAGCCUAACACCGGUAUCCACCUUGCUGGACAUGCUGUCGUUGGUGGAUUGAUGGUCGACGGGUGGUCGGCCCCUGGUGAUCCCCUUUUCUACCUCCACCACGGUAACCUCGACCGUAUCUGGGCUAAAUGGCAAGCUCUCGACCCCAAUCGACUGACUGAAGUUUCCGGUACCACCACCGCAUGGCCUCCUUACACCAACCUCACCUUGGACUUCUUGAUGCCCUUCACGACCCUCUCUCCUCCUGUUGCUAUCAAGGAUGUUAUGAACACCGAGGCAUGGCCCAACUGCUACAGGUAUAACGACUAA